AUGGGAAAUUCGCCGAGUAAAGAUGGCAGCUCAACUUCUUCUGUGACAACAAGUGGCUCAUCCCCAGAUGAUCCAGACCCGUCGUCGCCCAGGCCGCGACAUGACUCUAAUUAUUUAACAACCCAGCUGCACAGCAGCAACAACAAGAACGACAAUUCAACUAACGACCAACAAGGUUUAAUUUCACAUAGCGACAAUUUAGCCAUUAACGCCGAGCAAGAAAGGGGAGAAGAUCCAGUACCGCUCGUAAAGUCGCCUCAGGAUGGUGAAAACACACAUACUUCUUUGUCGCGGUUAUCGGCAAAGCGCAAGGGUUCCACGGAGAGUGACUCCUACGACCUAGAAAUCGCCGUUUCUAUGGCCCAGACCCUCAACAUUUCGAGAUCACCACUGAAAGAUGUGACGGAAGAGGUGUGUUCAUCUUUUGACAGCAACAGCGACUCGUGUUUUACAAACGGAUCUUCUUCAUCGAUCAGCUCCACAACCACCCCGCCAAAUUCAAAAGAGACGGCUUUGUAUCCAAUUGCAGAGCAAAGCAAAGAGUCUACUCCGGACUACAAAUCCACCAAACUAACGUCCACUCCGGAAAGUACUGAAACUUCUACUCAUCAUACCAAACACGGAGAUUCUGUUAUUAACACCAAUAACACCCCUAAAAAGACUGUUACGUCUGACAUCAAGCUUGAUAGAAUCAUUGAGAAGCUUGUUGAAGCCGGAAUUUCUAAAAAUGCCAGUAAGAAAUUCAUGGUUUCAGGCUCUGAGAUUAAAGUAAUUUGUGCCAGGGCGCGUGAAGUUUUCAUGAGACAGCCGAUGCUUUUGGAGCUCGCCGCUCCAGUCAAGAUUGUUGGUGAUAUUCAUGGACAAUUUCAUGACUUGAUGAGAAUCUUCAAAUUAUGCGGAUUCCCACCUAACUCAAAUUACUUGUUCUUGGGUGACUAUGUCGAUAGAGGAAAGCAAUCGUUGGAGACGAUCAUUCUUCUUCUCUGUCUGAAAAUCAAGUAUCCCGAGAACUUCUUCAUGCUGAGAGGAAACCAUGAGAGUGCCAAUAUCACUAAAAUGUAUGGAUUCUAUGAUGAGUGCAAAAGAAGAGCAAAUUUGAAGGUUUGGAAGAAUGUUGUUGAUGUAUUCAACACUCUUCCAGUUGCCGCCACCAUCGCAGACAGGAUUUUCUGUGUCCAUGGUGGACUGUCUCCUCAACUCACAGAUCUCAGCCAGAUCAAGCAAAUCCAGAGACCAACAGACAUUCCAGAACACGGACUUUUGGCGGAUCUUUUAUGGUCCGACCCUCAAUCGUCUAUGGGAUCCACCACCCGCUCUUCUGUGUCUAUAAGUGGUGAAUGGUCUUCCAAUGACAGAGGAGUCUCCUACUGUUUCAGCAGGAAAGUUGUCCAGAAGUUCUGUGACCAUUUCCAGUUUGAUUUAGUGGCCAGAGGCCACAUGGUGGUUGAAGAAGGAUAUGAAUUUUUCUCCAAACGGAAAUUGGUUACCAUUUUCUCAGCUCCAAACUAUUGCGGUGAAUUCGACAAUUGGGGAGCUGUGAUGAAUGUUAACAACAAAUUAAUGUGCUCUUUUGAACUUCUCAAGCCGUCGUCAACCAGAAAGAAGAAGUGA